UCGGAGUCCAGAAGAGUCGAGAACUUGCCGCAGCCUGCCCCUCGUCGUCUUUGUUCCGUGCGCCGAAACAGAUUCGACAGCUCCAGCGAAGAGCGAGAGGGGCACAAGGAAGAAAUCUUCGGAGAGAGAGAGAGAGAGAGACGCAUCGCGAUGUCGGCGGAGACGGAGAGGAGCGCCGCCGCGCCCGCGCCCGCGCCCAUGCGGUGCCAGCGCAUAGGCUGCGACGCCAUGUUCACCGACGACGACAACCCCGAUGGCUCCUGCCACUACCACCCCUCCGGACCUCUGUUUCAUGAUGGCAUGAAAGAGUGGAGCUGUUGCAAGCAAAGAAGCCAUGAUUUUAGCUUAUUUUUGGCUAUUCCUGGAUGUGCCACAGGGAAGCAUACAACUGAGAAACCAGUCACAAAAGCUGUUUCUCUUAACUCCUCAAAGGCAACCCCACCAAAGUCAGCUCCAGUCCAGUCUUCUAAGCAGGGUGUGGAAACUGAGGCCUGCUCAAGGUGCCGUCAGGGUUUCUUUUGUUCUGACCAUGGAUCACAGCCCAAGGCACAAAAACCAGUUGCUGUAAAUGGUACAAAUACGGAAUCUGUCCAGAAAUCCUCAGUUCCAGAGCCCAAGAAAAAGGUUGUUGAUAUAAAUGAACCUAGGGUUUGUAAGAAUAAAGGAUGUGGCAAAACGUACAAGGAGAAGGAUAACCAUGAUGCUGCAUGCGAUUACCAUCCAGGUCCUGCAGUUUUCCAUGACAGAAAUAGAGGGUGGAAGUGUUGUGAUGUCCAUGUCAAGGAGUUUGACGAAUUUAUGGAGAUACCUCCAUGCACAAAGGGGUGGCACAAUGCUGAUGCUGUGUGAGUUCGCACCAUGACCUGCAUUAAGAUCACGGCACUCAUACAGUUAUUUGUUGUAGUAUCUCCUAGUUUAUUUCUGGAGAACUAUGCUUGGAAGUGUGACCUGAUAUUCAGGAAUGAGCCUGCUUGAGUGUGCUCUGAGUAAUUACUGUCGAAAUCUCAUGUGGUGUUUCAUGUAAUCUGUAAUCGGAACUUGAAACCAUAUGUGGACACUGAAUUUAGUAACCGAGCUUUGCCAUUUUUCAAGUAAAA